AUGUCAAACUUGCAUUACAUUCUCAAUGUGUUAGGAGUUCUCCUUCUUCUGCAAAAUCCCAUUAAAACACAUUGCCAUACCAAAGGAUUUCAACCAGGACAUUCUUCGGGGAAUGGUUUAUCAAUCAAUAUGACAAGAGUACAGUUUUCAGAACAACAAUUCAUGAAAUGGGUGAACUUUGUUGGUAGCCUCAAACACUCAGUUUUCAAGGCAGCAAAAAAUAAGCUUUCUGCUUCUUACACUUUGCACGUUGAUAAGAAUCCUGCUUUUGGAGAUUUUACGUCAAUUCAAGAAGCCAUUGAUUCACUUCCUUUCAUAAAUCUUGUGAGAGUGGUCAUCAAGGUCCAUGCAGGGGUUUACACAGAGAAAGUUAACAUUCCUACAUUGAAAUCCUUCAUAACCAUAGAAGGAGCUGGUGCAGAUAAAACCAUUGUUCAAUGGGGUGACACUGCUCAAACACCUGGUCCUAGAGGGAGGCCAAUGGGAACCUAUGGUUCAGCAACUUUUGCAGUGAAUUCACCUUAUUUCAUUGCCAAGAACGUCACAUUCCAAAAUACUACUCCUGUUCCUGCACCAGGAGCAGUUGGAAAGCAAGCUGUGGCAUUUAGGAUUUCAGCAGACAAUGCAGCAUUCUUGGGAUGCAAAUUCUUAGGAGCACAAGAUACACUUUAUGAUCAUCUUGGCAGACAUUACUAUAAGGAUUGUUAUAUUGAAGGCUCUGUUGAUUUCAUAUUUGGCAAUUCUCUCUCACUUUUUGAGGGAUGUCACGUGCAUGCCAUAGCACAGAAUACAGGGGCACUUACAGCUCAAGGAAGGAGCAGUAUAUUGGAAGACACGGGGUUCUCAUUUGUGAACUGUAUGGUCACGGGGUCAGGGGCACUAUACCUUGGAAGAGCUUGGGGUCCCUUUUCUCGCGUGGUCUUCGCUUAUACCUAUAUGGACAACAUCAUCAUUCCCAAAGGCUGGUAUAACUGGGGUGACCCUAACCGUGAAAUGACUGUAUUCUAUGGACAGUACAAAUGCACAGGACCUGGAGCAAGCUUUGCAGGGAGAGUAUCAUGGUCAAGAGAACUUACUGAUGAUGAAGCUAGACCUUUUCUUUCACUUAGCUUUAUUGAUGGGACUGAAUGGAUCAAAUUUUAG